GUGGAGCCCCGAUGACGGACUCACUGGUGUGGGGUAGUCCCCUCUUCUGCCCUUUUGCUCCACUCUGGGGAAGUCUCAUAUCCGUAGCCUGCGCUGAGGAGCCCACUCUCAGCCCAGAAGUCUCUUCAAGGAUCGUCCUGAGACUUGAGAUUCUGCUCUGUCUUGUCUCCUCUGCCUCAUCCACAACCUUUCUGAGAUCUGUGUCUUCCAAUCCCCCCUCUGCUCAGAGGUGUGGGGAUGGAAAUGAGAGAUUUAGCUGUCCCUUCCUAACUGGAUUCCAACGUACACACAGUAAAAGCCCCCGGAACCUUGGAAUACAAGGAGAAAUUCCAGGACCUGUAAGAGCCGCAGAACCCGGUGGGCGUUUCCUGGAGACAGGCAAACAUUUGGUCUCAGCAGCCAUGCCCACAGUCCUGAAGGAUGCUAUGCGCCCCUUGGGAGCAGAGGAGCCAAGCAUGGCGCGGGCGGUGGUCCGCAGUCUGGGGGGCUUCAGCCUGGGCUUGUCUUUAGCCACAGCCUAUGGGCUCCUGGAGCUGCUGGUGGAAGGGCAAAGCCCCUGGGGCUGCCUGGUGGGCACACUGACUUUGGCGGCCUUCCUCAGCCUGGGCAUGGGAUUCUCUCGCCAGGUCCGGGUCACUGUCCUCCUGCUGCUGCCCCAGGCCUUCUCCAAGCAGGGCCGGACGCUGAUGUUGGUGGCUGCUUUCGGGUUGGUGCUGCAAGGGCCUUGUGCGAACACCCUGCGUAAUUUCACCCAAGCCAGUGAGGCCGUGGCCUGUGGGGCAGAGCUGGCCCUGAACCAGACUGCUGAAAUGCUGGAGCGAGCUAAGCAGCCCCUUGUCAGUGCCCUGAACAAGAUUAAAGCCAUUGCCCAAAAGGCCAAAGAGGUGGCUGACCGGGUUCGCAAGUUCUUUCGGUCUAUCAUGGAUGGCGUGAAGCAUGUAGCCAGGGCCCUGCGCAACGUGUGGUACUGGCUCCUGCAUAUCGGAGACGUGUGCAACUCAGAGCUGGGCAACCCUUACUUGAAGUGUGCACGGGUCUUUGACGACGCCAAGGACAGCUGCAUGAAGGUCAUACCACAAGCCUACCACCUGUGUUACGUGCUCAUGCCCUUCAAACUUGUGCUCUGUGGACUUGCCAGCGUGGUCCAGGUAUUCUGCAUCAUCCCCAAGUACAUCCAACCCUUCUUGCGCAAGACCAUAGGCACCCCUGUGCAGAAGUUGAUUAACCGGCUGCGUCAAGAGUUUGAGUUCAACGUGACAGCCACCCACUACUUCUCUGUGGAUCUCAAUGCCUCUCAGAGCCUGUCCCAGGUUGCUCUGGACCUCCGGGAAGCUGUCAGCAUGAAGCUCUACCGUGUCCGAGAGGCCCUGGCUCUGAUGGGCUAUACCACGCCUCUGCUGCUUGUGUUUCUCUACCUCCAAGCCCUGUUUUACCGGUACUGUUACCUGAACUGGGACAGUUAUGACAACAUCUAUAUCACCAGCCGAUUCCUGCGCAUGGAGGCUGUCCGCUCUGCGGCAGGACUGCCCACGGUGCUGCCGCUCAGUGCCCACGAGGCCAGACACUACAUCCGGCCAGGUUCCAUCUUCAUGUCCCGGUGGGAGCAGAUUUUUUACCUCCUGGCAAUCUUCCACCUUAUUCGGCACCUCCUCCUCGUGCUGCUCCUGGUCUUCCUGGACUAUGCUGUCUUCUGGGUGCUGGACCUGGCCCGGCACCAGCUGCAGGGGGAGGUCGUGGCCCGCAGCCCUGUGCUAGUGUCCAUAACUGUAGAAGGCAAUGGCUACGCUGGGAAGAUUUACCGUGACCUGGUAUCGGCAUUUGACGUCCUGCAGCAAGGCAACGUCACAAUCUUGUCCCGGCGCUGCCUCCUGCGUCCCUCGGAACCCAACACCACUGGUUACGUGCUCAUUGGCAUCAUGUAUGGCCUAUGCUUCUUCAUCACCCUGUUCGGAAGCUAUGUCAGUCGGCUGCGGCGGGUCAUCUGUGCUUCCUACUAUCCGUCCCGGGAGCAGGCAAGGAUCUCCUACCUCUACAACGUCCUGCUGAGCCGCCGAACCAGCCUGCUGGCUAACCUGAACCGGGCGGUGAGACGGCGGGCAGCUGACCAGGGCCACGUGAGUGCCCUCCAGGUCCUGGCCAGACGGUGCUCCUGUCUGGCUCCAUUUAUCGACCGCUUUUGGCAGCACCAGGCCUACUGCCUGGGCUGUGGACAGCCCCAGGACGAGGGGGGCUCAGAGAACUUUGUGUCCUGCAGUACCCCAGCCUGUCGAGGUCUCUUCUGCCCCACCUGCUUCCGCCUCCUGGACAACACCUGCUCCGUGUGUGCAUCUCCCCUCUCCUACCAGGGAGAACUGGACCUGGAGCUGGACUCCAGUGAUGAGGAGGGCCCCCGGCUGUGGCUGGCUGCAGCUCGAAGAAAGGGCCCUGCGCAGGAGGAGUUACUGCGGCAACGGCUCCAAGAAGCGCUGGGCAGGACCUUCUCCUCGGAGUCCAGCUCUGAGUUCAGGUGAGCAGAGAGCAGGCGCUGGGGCUUGGGAGGCCUCAGCGUGUUCUCUCACAUUUGCAAAGGGCUCCUUGGGUGCUCGGCUCUCUGCUAGAGCAGGAGACGGAGAUGAAAAGAGGAGAGGGCUGGAGGUUUGCUGAGUGUUCGCUCUGUGUCACCGCCCCCCCCAGGAGCCCACUGAAUGGGGUUGGGGGACAAAGUAGAUAGAUGAGUGACAACAGUGUGGAGAGUGCCCCAGUGAAGGAGUGAAGCAGGCGCUGGGCAGGACAGAGGGGAGAACAACCAAUCUGGAAGGGAGGCAUGUGCAGGAAGGCUUCA